AUGAAAUUUCUUACAAUAGUGUGUGCUUUAGUGAUUACAUGGAUUUAUGCCGAGAGCAUGCAAUUCACCGACUAUGAAUUACGCCCGCACGAAAGGAUGGCGAUAGGAUGCGCAGGAAGACGUAUGCAAUUGAAUAAUCAGAUGAAAGAGGUAAUGUGCGUGCCAAGGCACGCUAUGGUAAAAUUAAUACCGCAACCGGGCUACACUUUUUAUCCGAAUUAUGCCUCGGUAAAAAGAUGCAGUGGUUUCUGUCCGAGGAAUAAAUCAUGCAUGCCAGUUCGCAAAAAUGUUAAAAAGAUCGCAGUGAGAAUGGACGGUUAUGACUCAAGCGAGUGUUAUCACGUGUUGCUCGAGGAGCAUAUCAAAUGCAAAUGUCAAUGUAGCGUGACAGAAAAUCAUUGCAAUAUUCAUCAGGUAUAUUCGGAAGAUAACUGUGCGUGCGAAUGCAUGAAUAAAAGAGAGUGUGAUAAAGAACGCCAGAUGGUCUGGAAUGAAAAAUUGUGCAAAUGCACUUGCGACAAGAAAGAAGAAAUCUGCUCGAGUAGACUCGAAUGGGUUCCCUCUCGUUGCGGAUGCGCCCAAAUGAUGGAGAUAUAUCAGUUAGAUAAAUCUAAUAUCGAUUAUAUUAGAAAUUUAUAG